CCCACGGCCGCCGGAGCCGUGAGCUCAGGCCUGCCCCCGCCAGUGUGGACAGCAGGACCCCUGGCAUGCCCGCUGCUGCCCCCAGAGGUGCCGUCCUCGGCCCCUGGCUCAUCCCAUCCCUUCACGAGACCCCCAUCAUCCUUGCCAUCGGGCACGACUAACUCAGCCAUGCACUGUGCAUCUCAGCCUCCGGCUGCUGCCCCAUCAGUUUCUUUCUUUGCUGGUGACCAGGUCAUUCCAUUUUCUGCCCCCGGGGCAGCUUCAUUUCAGUCCUUGGGUCAUCCCAUCCUCUUUGAUUGGCCGCUCCAUCUCAGCCUCCAUGGGCAUCAGGCUGCAGCUGUUAGCCAUUGGACCAUCCAUCCCUGGGGAGCUGGCCCACUCUCAGCCUGUUUUCUGCCACUCAUCUGCCACCGGGCUUUCCCUCUUGCAGCCAGCAGGUGGCUCUAGACCCGGGGUUAAGCCAUUUCAUUCUGACUCUCAGGCGACUCCAUUGGCUUGUCCCAGUCUUGCUUGCACUGUGACACCAUCCGUUCCACAGGCCAGCCCUGAGCAGCCGGGACGCCCCCACUGGCUCAUCCUCAUCUCGGCCAUCCCCAUCGGCUGUCCCAGUCUUGGUCAGUGCGCGGUCCCACUCUCAGCUGUUGGGAUUGUGUGUUCUUGGAGGUUGGGUUGUUGAGCCCUAGCUAACUUCUCUUUUCUGACGAAGGUGGUCUGGACAUCAGACAGAAGAGCUGUUUCCUUUUUAAUAACUGUCUGAGCCGGCCAGUCAGUCCCUCCCUGGGAGCAGCAGACAUAGGGCUAGCUCCUGUUCUCAGCAGACAGUAUGUUCUCCCCUCCCACCAUGGGGCAGCCUUAUUCUCAUCUUGGCUCUUAGAACCUUCCAUUUCCCCAUAGCUGAGCCUUCCGGGCUCUAAAUCCUUUGAACUACGACCGUUCUCACCCAUUGGGAUAUAGGUUCCAUUUUCAGCUUUUAGAACUGCCUCGUUCCCAGCUAAUGGAGCAGCCUCUCACUUAGAAGGCCAACAGCCCUGACCCCUUCUUAGCGGCUGGGCUGGUUCUCCUUAGAAAGCCUGUGGUUCCCGCCAUUGGGACCACCGAGGGCCACCACGCUGAGACCCCAUUUGCUCGUUGGCCUGAGGGAGCACAAGCGGAUUUCUCCCCGACACUGAGCCUCCAGAGAACCCCAGAGGGAAGCCCCACACCCCCUCAGAGAGCCAGGCCCAGUGCCCCACCCACACCAGGACACCCCCUCAGAGAGCCAGGCCCAGCGCCCCACCCACGCCAGGACACCCCCUCAGAGAGCCAGGCCCAGCGCCCCACCCACGCCAGGUUGCUUUGGCCACAGACUCCAGGCUGGCUGAGGCCUCUGAGCCAUCCACUGGCUCCAGGCCUGGAGGAACCGAUUUUACUUUCCUGUGACUGAGAGGUUGUAAGUUGGACUAAUUUGGGCUGUGACAGAAAACCAAAAUGAGGUCAAACACGGAGGAGGAGGCAGCUGCCCGGGUGCCGUCCACCCGCUUCCUCGGCCUGCCCCCCGGGAGCUGUGGGCCUCCCUGGCCAGCCAGGCCUGCACCUGCCUCUGGUGGUCGCCCUGAUUCCAGGCCUGAGCCAGGCAAGGCUGCCGCUCCUUCCAAGACCCCAGCUAAAGCCCUGUUUUGCUUUUCUCUCUUUCUUCCUUCCUUCCUUCUUUCCUUUUCUUUUCUUUCCUUCUUUCUUUCUUUCCUUCUUUCUUCCUUCCUUCCUUCCUGUCUUUCUUUCUCUCUCUCUCUCUUUCUUUCUCUCUCUCUCUCUUUCUUUCUGUCUUUCUUUCUUUCUUUCUUUCUUUUUCUCUUUACUAUUCUCUGACUUUCUCUCCCUCUUUUGCUCUCACUCUUCUUGUCUCUUUCUCUCUCUCAGCGCACAGGGGCAGCCUAACUGUUGUCCUUUUGAUUCCCAGGAUAGGCUCAGGGGGUGAGCCAGGCUGAGGUCUGGUUGCAGUGGUGAAAGUGGCUCCAAGGGCCCUGGGGCCUCCCUCGGGCAGCUCGGGGGUACCACGGCUACCCUGUGGCUCUAGACCAGGAGGUGGCAAGCUAUCUCUAUAAGAGGCCUGAUAGGGAAGAGGCUUUGCGAGUCACAUACCCUCUUUUAUGACUACUCAGCCCCAGCCUUGUAGCCCCAAAGCAGCCACAGACAGGAUGUAAAUUAAUGACAAUGGCUGUAUUCCAGUAAAACUUUAUUUACAAAAACAAGUGGUGGGCCAGAUUUGGCCCACAGGCCAUAGCUUGCCAACCCCUGCCCUAGACAACUGGAAUGGAAGAUGGAGGGAAGGAACAGAAGAAGUGGAGGUUGGGCCCUCUGAGGCUGUGGCCCUGCAUGCGCUGAAAUCUCUGGCCAGGAGACAAAGCAGACAGGUUGCCUGGGGAGGCCAGGAGUCUCUGACUCCUUCUGUCUCCACCUCCUAAGACAUUUGCAGCUUCCACUGUCAAGGGAGCAUGCUUCCCUGGGCCUGACCUCAUUGGUCCCCAUGGCAACUGCAUGACGGAGGCAACUCAGGAAUUUUUACCCCGUUUUACAGAAGAGGAAACUGAGAGGUGGACUCCCUUUUCCAAAGUCCCACAGUUAAGAAGCGGCAGAGAUGGGCUUUGAACCCUGGGUCUCUCUGACCCCAGACCACCUCUGAUGAGCCGUGUCCUGUCUCCUGUCUGUCCUUGCCCUGUUCCCAGCGUGUUUCAGAGAUGCUGGUGGCCCAUGAGGCAGGUACCAUCUUACAGGUGCACAGAGGACAGGAUAAUUACCCUGUUCUUCGUCAGAACUGUGGUAAAGUGGCCAGCCAAGUGGUUUCCUGCGUCCCGUCCUCUGACUGGGCGUCAUUCCCAAGAUCCCGGAAAUUGACCCUAAGCCUCAGAUACAAGGAACCCCAGAAGGAGGGCAAAGAUCUGCGCCAGAGCCUGAACCGGAGUCAGCGCCAGCCACAGGGCAGAGGUCCGGGAGCCCGAGGACGCGCCCCAGCAUCCGAGGACAAAGCACGAGAAUCCCUGGCUUCCGCUGACUCACCACGCAUUACUAGGCCAGCGCUGCGCUGGCCUGGAUUUCCUCGCGUCUGCAAACGCCAGUAGUACUUAGAAUGCAGAGGCAGACUUUCCCGGGGUCCCCCAGUGAGACGACGGGAGGGGGUGGCCCAGCUCCCUCCACCCCGUCCCAGGCCAACAUGACAGGCAGCCACAGGGCCCUGGGACCUGCCUUCACCACGCAGCCUCUGCAGCUCCCGCGGCCCCACCCAGACCAUCAGACAGGAAGUAUCGGGCACUAGCUGAGCCAGGGCCAGGGCGGGGGGGGGCUGCUGGGCGGGGCCGGCCUGGGGGCCUCAGGGUGGGCGCGGGGCUCAGCGGCCGCCUGGCUGAGGGGGUGGCAGCGACGACGGCAGUGGCGACAACUCUGAUGGAGGCCCGGCGAGGGCCGGCAGAGCGCGCCCCUUACUGGGGCCUCCUCGUCCUGGCCCUAGGCUUCUUUCUCCUCCACUGUGAUCCCUUCACCUGCUUCUCCUUUCUCUCCUCUCCUCCACCCGCCCCAAGUUUCGAGGACUCCACCCUGUCCACGACCACUACCCUUGAGUCUAUCCCCAGCUCCACGGGAGAGCCGAAAUGCCAGCGACCCUGCACUCUGAUGCGGCAGCAGAGCCUGCAGCAGCCGCUGAGCCAGCACCAGCGGGGCCGGCAGACCAGCCAGCCCACCACCAGCCAGAGCCUGGGCCAGCUGCAGGCCCACGCGGCCUCCGUGCCGGGCCCCAACUCUCGGGCCUACGGCCGGGGCCAGGCUCGGCAGGGCUCCUCGGCCGGCUCCAAGUACCGGCCUGCCGGCGGCCGCAGCCGCUCCAACCCAGGCAGCUGGGACCACGUGGUGGGGCAGAUUCGAAACCGAGGCUUGGACAUGAAAUCCUUCCUGUUGCCUACCGGAGGGAAGGCAGUGAACACAGCCCCAGUGCCGGGCCAGACGCCCCACGAUGAGUCUGACCGCCGGACCGAGCCUCACUCCUCCGUCUCGGAUCUCGUCAACUCCCUCACCAGUGAGAUGCUCAUGCUCUCCCCAGGCUCUGAGGAGGACGAGGUCCACGAGGGCUGCAGCCGAGAGAACCUGGGCCGGAUCCAGUUCAGCGUCGGCUACAACUUCCAGGAGUCCACGCUCACCGUGAAGAUCAUGAAGGCCCAGGAGCUGCCGGCCAAGGACUUCAGCGGCACCAGCGACCCCUUCGUCAAGAUCUACCUGCUGCCAGACAAGAAGCACAAGCUGGAGACCAAGGUGAAGCGGAAGAACCUGAAUCCCCACUGGAACGAGACCUUCCUCUUUGAAGGUUUCCCCUACGAGAAGGUGGUGCAGAGGAUCCUCUACCUCCAGGUCCUGGACUACGACCGCUUCAGCCGCAAUGACCCCAUCGGGGAGGUGUCCAUCCCCCUCAACAAGGUGGACCUGACCCAGAUGCAGACCUUCUGGAAGGAUCUGAAGCCAUGCAGCGAUGGGAGUGGGAGCCGAGGGGAGCUGCUCCUGUCUCUCUGCUACAACCCCUCUGCCAACUCCAUCAUCGUGAACAUCAUCAAAGCCCGGAACCUCAAAGCCAUGGACAUCGGGGGCACGUCAGACCCUUACGUGAAGGUGUGGCUAAUGUACAAGGACAAGCGGGUGGAGAAGAAGAAGACGGUGACGAUGAAGAGGAACCUGAACCCCAUCUUCAACGAGUCCUUUGCCUUCGACAUCCCUACGGAGAAGCUGAGGGAGACAACCAUCGUCAUCACCGUCAUGGACAAGGACAAGCUCAGCCGCAACGACGUCAUUGGCAAGAUCUACCUGUCCUGGAAGAGUGGGCCCGGGGAGGUGAAACACUGGAAGGACAUGAUUGCGCGUCCCCGGCAGCCUGUGGCUCAGUGGCACCAGCUGAAGGCCUGAAUGGGGCCACGGGAGGCCCAGGGGGCCAAGGGCCUGGGUCCCCAUCAUGCCCUCACCACUUUAUGCACAAUGCCUGGCCUGGCCCCCCUGCCAUGGGUGAGGGAAGGAUCCUGAGGGCUGGGCCAGGGAGGGGUCCCAGGAAUCCAGCCCCAUUUCUCGGGAGAACCAGCCCCAUUCCCCACCGGUCCAGCUCUGGUGGAGGGGCUCUGGGGGCCAUUUUCCUGCUUUGCCCCUUUCCUUCCUGACUUGCCGAUACUAAAGAAGUGGGGGGCGGAGCACGAGAGCCAGACGGGCAGACGAGCAGAUCCCUCCAGAGGCCCGCCAGGUGGGCACGGUCCCCCGUUUUCUUUAAGGCAGUGCCUGGAGUGGAGAAAGGCCACCCCCUCCCCAGGCCGCAACGUGGGCCCAGGAGAGGGGAGGUCGAGGCGUUUGGCCCCGGCCCCACCAAGAGAGGCGUGUUCCAGGGCAGUUUCAGGUGCCGGCUGGGCCCUGAUUACCGAGGAUCGUAUAUAGCCCGCUCCGGGGUCCUGGAGCCGCAGCCCUGUGUACUUGUGUUGUGUCCACCGUGUGUGUGUACGUGUGCGUGCGUGAGUGCGUGUGUGCGGGUGGGGGAACUCGCUCCCUGUUUCCCUGGGGCCCGCAGUGCUGAAGACGAUGCAGAGAGGGUUUCGUGAAGUGAGGUAGGGCUGGAGGCUGAGAAGUCAAUGCGCAGAGCUGGGGGGGCGGGGGGAGGAGAGGCAGGGAUGGAGGAAGGUGGGUGGGGAAGAGGGGGCAGACAGGAGCUGGGCUGAGAGCUGGGCUGCCUCCUCCUCCCCGACCCCGCCUCCCCAAAACUCCACUAGCUCCUUCCCCAGCAAUUUCGUCUCUUGAACAUUAGGCACCCCCUGUGUGUAUCACAUUCCACCAGGACUCCCCUGCUCCCUUCUGUCUCAGGGGUCCCAAGCCCCCACUAGCUCUCUUCCCUGACACCCUCAUCCAAAGGCACCCUCAGCCU